UCCGGUUGUACCGAGCAGACCGUGUUCCGUGCUGACGCCAAAGGCUGCGUGAACAAACAAAGAGCCAGGCGUGUAGAAAUGUGACAUCGACUCAGCGUUUCCUAUUAAAAACACCCUGUUUUCCAAAAAUGGUUUCGGUUUCAGAGGUUUUGUCAAUGUUUGAUGAUUAGACCCCCAACACACACACACCCUGGCAUCAGCUUUUAUUUUGAAGUCUGUUCAUUUCGCUCAGUUCUUUGAGGAUUUUCUACGGAAUAUCUGUUUGAGAGCCGCAUCGGUGCUGUUACUCUUUAGCCUGUGUCGGAGUUUGUUCUCUUGAUGGAGGCUCACGGCUGCUGAAGGUGAAUUUUCCGAGUGAACUACCCCAGCAUGUCGGCCGAGGAGGAGGAGAGGGGAGUAGUUCGAGUCAAAGUCAAGAAAUUUGAAGGAUUGCAGCCAGUGGAAUUCCGCUCUUUUGCUGUAGAUCCACAGAUCACAUCACUGGAGGUGCUGCAGCACAUCCUGAUACGAGCCUUUGAGCUCAAUGGGAGGCGUAAUUUUGGCAUUAGUUACCUUUCCCGGGAUCGCCUUGGUGCAGAGGUCUACCUCUCUCUCCUGUCUGAUUGGGAUUUAGAUGCUGCAUUUGUCAGUGCAGCUAAGCCUCACCUCCAGCUAAAGAUGGAAAUCAAACCUUCAGAAGACAGUCCAGUGCUUGAGGACUGGGACAUCAUAAGCCCGAAGGAUGUGAUUGGCUCGGACCAGCUACAGGGAGAGAAGAGGUCGCUAACAUCCACAGCUCUUCCCUUCACCCAGUCCCUGCUGUCCCAGGUUACUGAUGAUGUUCCUCACCCAGUCAGCCAGCUGUUUUACCAGCCAGUCUCUGCUGCGUUCAGUCAGAUGGGUCGGACACUGUCUAGGGUCCAGCAGGCAUUAAGCUGGUCAUAUGGGGAGGAGGUGAAACCAUUCAAGCCUCCACUUAGUGAUGCAGAAUUUCACAGUUAUCUGAACGGCCAGGGUCAGCUGUCACGGCCAGAAGAGCUGCGACUCCGUAUUUAUCAUGGUGGGGUUGAGCCAUCCCUGCGCAAGGUAGUGUGGCGUUACCUUUUAAAUGUGUACCCUGAUGGCCUGACAGGGCAGGAACGGAUGGAUUACAUGAAGAGAAAAACGAGAGAAUAUGACCAGCUAAAAAGUGAGUGGGCAUCCAGGGUAAGCCCAGAGGAUCUGGAGUUCAUCCGAGGAAAUGUUUUAAAAGACGUGCUUCGAACAGACCGAGCCCAUCCGUAUUACGCCGGUUCAGAGGACAGUCCACAUUUGACCGCACUGACCAACCUCCUAACCACUUUUGCCAUCACACACCCGCAGGUGUCUUAUUGUCAAGGUAUGAGUGAUAUUGCCUCUCCGAUCCUUGCGGUCAUGGACAAUGAAGCACAUGCGUUUAUUUGCUUCUGUGGUAUAAUGAAGCGCCUAGAAGGCAACUUCCGCCCUGACGGCCAACUAAUGUCUAUUAAAUUCCAACACCUUAAGUUGCUCUUGCAAUACUCAGAUCCUGAAUUUUACACCUACCUAGUCUCCAAAGGUGCUGACGACCUCUUUUUUUGUUACCGCUGGCUGCUUCUCGAGCUAAAGCGGGAGUUCGCUUUUGAUGAUGCACUUAGGAUGUUGGAGGUGACGUGGAGCUCUCUGCCUCCAGACCCACCGGAGACAGAGGUCGAGCUUCUUGGGCUACCGUUUGAAGAAGACGAGUCCCCGAAUCAUGAAGGCAGUUGCCCAAACUCAGAGAAUGAAAAGCUGGAAAAAGAACAGACAGAGCAGCGUCGGCGACACAUGCUGAGGCCGUCCCGAGAAGAGGCAGACGGGGAACGUAGUUUUAGCUUAGAUGCAGAGAGUAGGGAAGAGAAGCCAUCUAGUAGCGAGGACAAAGGAGUUUAUGGUGGGAAUUGUGUGGCGAAAACAGAAGGCUCAGCAACUCCUUUGGAGAAACAAUCCAGUUUUGGAGAAUUUAAGUACUACAGUGCACGAAACGAAGACAGUUUUGAAGCUAAAGAAAAUGAAUCAUCAGAUCCCACAAUAUCUUCAGUAAUGUUUCAAUCCACACAUUCAUUACCUCUGGCUGUCCGUCAAUCCACAGACGACAGUGAGGAUGAUCCAGGUGAGAGGCAGCCUUUGAUAAGCGAGAAAGACCAACUAUCACCUUCUCAGACUGAGAAGAAAAGCUCUCUCAGUGGGCAAACAGAUUCUCCCCUUCCUCCAACUUUACUGUCUUGGAAAAAUGGCCCUCAGUUUUCUGCAACAUCUCCUUUAAUGACCAGCUGGAGGGCAAUAUGUUCUGAUGUUCCAGGAUCAAAGUCCAUCCCCUCAGUGGGUAGUGCUGUAUCUCCUGAUAAGGUUUUGGGGAGAUUUAUGUCUUCAGCUGCUGUGUCUAAUGGAACUGGUGUGCACUCACCAUCAACCCCUACAGGGAAGUCGGCACUUUCCUCCCCAUCCAUGGGCAACAACCGCUCACUGCUGUCCUCCCCUGUGUUAUCCUUUGCUAAAUCUCCAUCACAACCAAAACCAUUCUCCAGCAACCUUUCAUCCCCAUGCAAACUUUCAGGAACUGGUGCGAAUACUCCAACUACAGGUAAACCUGACCCUGGUAGUAUUAAACCCUGUUCCCUUCCUCCUCCUCAAGAGUUUGGGAAAGGAAAUCCUUUCAUGCUGUUCUUGUGCCUCUCCAUCCUGUUGGAGCAUCGUGACCAUAUAAUUAAAAAUAGUUUAGAUUAUAAUGAGCUAGCCAUGCAUUUUGAUCGCUUGGUCCGAAAGCACAACCUUAGUCGUAUUCUUCAGCGUGCAAAGGCCCUGUUUGCUGAUUACCUCCAGAGUGAAGUGUGGGACUCUGAGGAAGGUGAUGAGGUCAGUUUAGACUCGCCAACCACAGCUGCCUCCUCACCACAAACACUCACAAAAAACAGUUUUUCUAACCUGCAGCCCUCAAUGGCCUCCUCUCCGAACUCUACAUAUAAUCUGGCCUCUACGAUUCCUUCCCCUACCACCCCUAAUGAUCUCUCUCCCUCAUCCUACAGAUGAAUUAUAAGUUGCAUUCCCAAGAGAAAGCAAGUCAUAAUCUAUUUUAGUGUUUAAGAUUAGCUUUACCAGAUUUGUUCAUUUGACAAACCAGAGCUGGAGAAGCGUUUCUUUUCUCAAUUGUUUUGCUGGUAAUACAUUUUUUUUCUUUUUUUUUGGACAGUAGGCUGAUUUUUCCUGUGUGGCCAUGGUCUUUUAAGAUUUUUUUCUAUUUGCAUGCCACCUAUUGUCUUGUAUUUUACUUCUCGCACUUUAUUCUUUUCCCAGUUUGUGCUUCAACUAUGUAAAUAAAAUCCCACAAAAGAACAGCAUGAACAUUUAAAAGCAGUGCUGGAUUGACUUACAUACGGAUUGAUUUACAAACCUGUAGAUUGUUUCCCUAAUUCAAUUAAUAUUCAUUACUGCAUCCAUUGAUGAUUAUUCUAAACCCCAUUUUUGUACAGGUAAGUAACAGUUAUUCCGGUGUAGAUUUACUUUAUUCAGAUUGAUUAGAUUGCAUUUCCUGUUUUGAGUCAGUUUUGAGUGAGUUCUUUAAUACAAGCUGGCACUCUCCAUUUUUCAUUAAUUAAAGAGGACAAAGUCUGGUUGGAAUGUGUAAUGAUCAGAUUUAUUUUUCAUGGUAUAUAUUUGCCUGUGGUUGUUCCAUACAGCAAGAUCAGUGGUAUGUUCCCCAAACAAAAGACAUCUGUAUCAUUUCUAUUCAACUUUAUUAUGCUAAAUGUACUGCUUAGGUAGAAAUAUUAUCUUAAAAAUGUCUAAUGAAACACUUUUGCCCACUCUUGUUUAAAAGUGCCUGAUUUCCUUGAACAGUUGUUUUUUACUUAUUGACCUUAAAUUAAUUUAUUAGAAUAUAUAAUGCCUGUCAAACUUUUGGAAACAGUCUUUUAUCGUUUUUAAGACACGUGCAUGUUCCUUUUGUUUCCCUGCAGCAAACAAGGUAAAUGACAAAAACACAAGAAUUGGACAGUGAAUGAUGAAUGGAGGUGAAAGCUUAAUGUUUUGGGGUUGUUUUGUAGCAGGGAAGGUUGGAGAUUUAUUCUGGGUGAAAGGAAUACUGAACCAAUAUGGCUACUGUUCUUUACUUUAAUGCCACGCAAUUCUGUCUGGGCUGCAGCAAAAGUUGGCCAUCUUUACCACACAAGACAAUGACCCAAAUUAUUUGUCCAAACGCUGUAGUGGUUAUUUAGAGAGCAGUCAACUGGAGUUCAUGGAAUGGCCUGCCCAGUCACCGCACCUAAAUCCCAUUGAACUGCUCUAGCAUGACCUGCAUCGCACGUUCAGAAAUAUCCAACUAGUGAAGAAGUUGGUCAAAGUAAAUUUUAAUAACAUUUAUAUUACCUCAUUUAUUGCAUACCAAAAAGAACAUGCAUGUGUAAUUUUUAAAACAGUAAAAGAAUGUGUUUCUAAACUUUUAACAAGCUCUAUAAUGUCUAUUAAUCCCUGUUAAAACAGCAAGUUUUUGUGAUGUUAAAAAUUAAAACAACAUAAAUCAUGUUUGGUGUUUUCAAUGUGAUACAACAAUCAACAAAGUCGAAAUGAAAACCAGAUUAAAAAACAUUGAUCCUCUUAAUUAAUUCCUUUAAUUUGUUUCAAUUUGCUAUCAAUGAUUCACUCCAUCUUGAAUAAAGCACCAAUUCCAAAAGAACCCCACAGCAUGAUGCUGCCACCAUCACAAUGGUGUUCUGUGGGUGCUAAGCUGUCUUGUUUUUGCAGCCAACAUUUCUUUUAGAUUUAUGCCCCAAAAGGUAUUGUAAUUUCUUUAUUGAAAAUGAGCAUCCCAGGUAUGUGAAUACUGAAGAUGGUUUUACCUGAUGUGUUUUUGCCUUAUAAUUUCCUACCGCCUUAUUUUGGGAGAGAGGUCUGGUUUUCUUAAUGCCACUUGUGUAACUCUUUAAUUGUCAGUGGUAUUUUAAAAGGGUGUGUACACUUGUGUAACCAAGUUAUUAAUUUUUUUGGUUUUUCCCCCAAAAAAACCUGUUUAUAUUCAUGUUCAUUACAUUUCAAUUACAAAACCUUUACAUCACAAAAUCUGUUAUUUUAACAGAGGUAUAUAAAGUUUUUAAAUAUUUAAUUUUUAUAGAAGGCAAAGUAAAUACAUCCUUAUAUCAUAUAAUUCCUCAUUCUAAAUUUGGCAUUCCAUACAUGUGUUAACACCAAUUGUAGUUUUAUUAAGUGUUGAAAUAGACAUUAUAGGCAUAGGCCGAACGACAUGUCUUUGAAAAUGCAAUCAUUGUGGGCCUUUUGUGUUUUUCUGUAUAAAAAAAAAAAGCUUUAUUGAACAUUAAAUUAUUUCCUUUGAGUGGUUUGCUGGACAGAAUGCUAGCAAUACCUGUAUUUAUACAAUAAAUUAAUCCAAGACCA